GGCGAAACUUAGCCGCGCCCCCCCCCAACCUUAACUUGGGACAUUUCGUGCAAGGCAAGCUGCCUCUUCUUCUUCCUGAUAGAGCAUCUUAAAACUUCAGCUCUUUCCAAGACAUACGUUUACGAAGCUUUUGCCGUUCUAGUCAUCUUGACUCCAAAAGCCCAUGCCAUUUGUACGGUAACUGUCAGCUAACGUUAUGCUCGUGUUAGCUUGCUAAGAUAGCCCAGCUGUGUAGUCACCGACGAGUCGGUCGUCCUUUCGUUCUGUGAGCAUUAGCAAGUUAUGUAUUGUUAGCCAGGGUGCCUAGCUUGGAAACUAGCUUUAAUGGCUGGUUUGCCUAAAUGCAGUGAUGCUUUUUGGUCGAGUGUAUUUUUGUAUGUGUUGUUAAACCUCGGCACAGCCAGAAGUAGGGAAAAUCCUAACGCUUUAAUUAACGUUAACGAACUCCUUUAGCGUAAUAGCUAGCUAGCUAACAUGUUAAAUGGGCAUAUACCGUUAUCCUGUCAGUAGCCAGGUUUGCUAGCUAGUUUCGAACGUUAACUUGUCAAUCUGAGGAAUUGCUAACAGAUUUAAAUAUAGACCGUUUAAUGUCAUAAUUGAAAAAAUAUGUUAGUCGCUCACUAGCUUAGCUCAUCUGUUGAUCUGUUUCAGUUUAAGUUCAGCGGACUGCUUAACAAAUCUAGCAUACUCUCAAUUAGAGGUAAUGACAAGCUAAUGUCAGCUAACUAGUUAACGUUAGCUCUGGGAAGCGCACCAGCUUGUUAGUUGUGACCGACGUCUAAGAUAGGUAAGACGUUAUUAAUCUACGGUGAUCGCUUAUCUUGACAUCAGAGAGGUAGUUAAUAAGGGGUGUCCCGAUAUGCUGUAUGAAAUUGACUGACUGUAAGAUAGCUAGCUAGUCAGCUAGCAUUAUCGCUCUUUGAAUUAGCUGACAAGGUGUUGAUUCAAUUGUUUUGUUGACACCACUCUGCGGCGGAGCGACUAUAACGAUAACGCAGCCCCUCUAAGGUCGUAUUAUUGUAGUUGAAGGAGUUGUCUUCACAUCUUAAAAAUACAUCAACGGAUUGGAGACAUCUCCUGACUGACAGAUCUUUGACAUGGCCCCAAAAAGACGACCGGUGCCUCUCAACAUCACCACCGUAGGAGAAGGACAGCCCACGUCUACCACCAUAGAUGCAGCUUCAGAGGCUAACCUGGAGGCUCUGCAGAAGAAGCUCGAGGAGCUGGAUCUGGACGAGCAGCAGAAGAAGCGCUUGGAGGCCUUCCUUACCCAGAAGGCCAAGGUGGGCGAGCUCAAGGACGACGACUUCCACCGCAUCUGUGAACUGGGUGCCGGCAAUGGCGGCGUGGUGAACAAGGUCUGCCAUAAGCCCUCGGGCCUGGUGAUGGCACGCAAGCUGAUCCACCUGGAGAUCAAGCCGGCCAUCCGCAACCAGAUCAUCAGAGAGCUGCAGGUGCUGCACGAGUGCAACUCGCCCUACAUCGUGGGCUUCUACGGAGCCUUCUACAGCGACGGGGAGAUCAGCAUCUGCAUGGAGCACAUGGAUGGUGGAUCUCUUGAUCAGGUGAUGAAGGAGGCCAAGAGGAUCCCAGAGGAGAUCCUGGGCAAAGUCAGUAUAGCGGUUCUAAGGGGCCUGGCCUACCUCCGUGAGAAGCACCAGAUUAUGCACAGAGACGUAAAGCCCUCUAACAUCCUGGUGAAUUCUCGCGGUGAGAUCAAGCUGUGUGACUUCGGCGUGAGUGGGCAGCUCAUCGACUCCAUGGCCAACUCCUUUGUGGGCACGCGCUCCUACAUGUCGCCGGAGCGCCUGCAGGGCACACACUACUCUGUGCAGUCUGACGUGUGGAGUAUGGGCCUGUCCCUGGUGGAGCUGUCCAUCGGACGCUACCCCAUCCCCCCGCCGGAGACCCGUGAGUUGGAGGCCCUCUUCGGCCGACCACUGGGAGAGGGAGAGGCACAGAGCACGUCACCCCGACCCAGACCUCCAGGGAGACCAGUCAGUGGUCACGGGCCGGCCAUGGCCAUCUUUGAGCUGCUGGACUACAUAGUCAACGAGCCUCCUCCCAGACUGCCCCUGGGCGUGUUCACCUCAGACUUCCAGGAGUUCGUCACUAAAUGCCUCAUUAAGAACCCUGCGGAGCGAGCAGACCUGAAGAUGCUGAUGAACCAUACCUUCAUUAAGCGCUCUGAGGUAGAAGAGGUGGACUUCGCUGGAUGGCUCUGCAAGACCAUGGGCCUGAACCAGCCCAGCACCCCUACUCGCAUCACUGACUGAGCCUCACACACACACACACACACACACACACACACACACACACACACACACACACACACACACACUCUCUCUCUCGCAUAGCGCUAAGUGUCACUCUUUAGCACGCUUAUACAUAUACUCAUGUCAACAGUUACUAACUUGACAGCCUGUGCUCUGUGCUCUCACAGUGUGACUCGCACACACACACACACACACACACACACAAACACACACACACACACACACACACACACACACACUUCUCAGUAAUGUCCUGUGAUGAGGCGACUAGCAGACCCCACAGCAUUCAUGCCCCAUUAAUGCAGAGUUCUGAUAGGUUAAUGGACCUGUCAGUCAUAUCCCCAGUUUAUUUCAAGUGGACUGAAAGCUGUGCACUGGUAUAGACUCCUGAAGAGAUGAUGCACAGCCUGUAGCAGGAGCUAGUGCUACUGCUAGUGCUAAUACCCCAUUCCCACGUACCUCCUGAAGGUAUAACACACAGCCUGUAGCAGGAGC